AGGCAGUCAUGGAGUCUUGGUGAGGGGGCCGCAUAGUGGGGCAGUCAUUGGACUUUCACAACCCUGGAACAGCGUCAUCCUGGAUUCGCCCAGACAUCUCACCUUUCCCAUACCACACCAUGGCAUUUGAGUCAGACUGGAACAAGACGAUUGAGGGCGAAAUCCAAGCCCAUAGGGACAAGAUCUUGUCACUCAACCACCAGAUCCACAGCAACCCCGAAUUGGCAUACGAGGAAUUCAAGGCCCACGACGCUUUCGUUUCCACCCUCCAGUCCCUCGGUUUCGACGUAACACCCCACGCCCACGGCCUCCAAACCGCCUUCUCAGCCGAGGUCGGCUCCGGCGGCCGCCUGCUCAUCUUCAACGCCGAGUACGACGCGCUCCCCGGCAUCGGCCAUGCCUGCGGACACAACCUGAUCGCAUCCUCCUCCUUCGCCGCCUUCCUCGGCGUAGCCGCCGCCCUCAAAGCCUCGGGUCUACCAGGCCGCGUCCGGCUGCUGGGCACACCAGCCGAGGAAGGCGGCGGAGGCAAACUCCACCUCAUCCAGGCAGGCGCCUACCGGAACGCCUCCGCCAGCAUGAUGGUGCACCCCGGUCCCGGCCACACCCUCCACCAACCAGCAGUACGGGGUGUGGCGUACGUGCGGAUGCUGGCCAACGUGAAAGUGCGCGUGCACUUCACAGGCCGCGAGGCCCACGCGGCCAUCGCCCCCUGGGACGGGGUCAACGCGCUCGACGCCGUGUGUCUUUCCUACAACGCCAUCAGCAUGCUGCGCCAGCAGAUCCGCCCCUACGAGCGCAUCCACGGCGUGUUUCCCUCGGCGGGUCACCGUCCCAACGUCACCCCCGCCAGCUGCUGCGUCGAGUACUAUGUGCGCAGCGCCACGCGGGCUGGGGCAGAGGCGUUGUGGAAGCGGGUGUUGAAGUGCUUUGAGGGUGCGGCGGUUGCGACGGGGUGUGAGAUGCGCGUCGAGCCGCUCAAUUCGUACGCUGAUGUAAGGCCGAGUAGGUUGCUGUGUGAGGAGUAUGUAAGGGCUAUGCCGGAGGGGACUAUGGCGUUUGAUGAGCCGGCGGAUUUUCUCGCGGGGAGUACGGAUAUGGGCGAUGUCUGUUAUGAGUGCCCGGGGUUUCAUGGCGCGUUUGGUAUUCCUACCAAGGAGGGCGAGGCCAACCACACCAAGGGCUUCGCUGCGGCGGCGGGGACGCAAGAGGCGUUUGAGCUGGCGAUGGAAUGCGCAAAGGGCAUGGCGCUGGUGGGGUGGCGGGUCUUGACGGAUGAUGACUUUGCAGAGCGGGUGCGCAAGGAGUGGGAGGAGGACAUGAAGCUUGCUGCGGAAGGGAAAUGAGAGAACUAUGGUGAGUCUGCCUUGGAAAUCCCAGGGCGGUAUGGGGCGCAAGACUCCAUACAAGUGAAGACAGACCAUCGACAUGCAAGUACCCGGUAAGGGAACGAGCUUCAAUUAUUGGCAGAGCGCUGUCUUGCAUGCCGGCACUCCUCGUCGAACCGCCGUGGGUGAGUGGCCUUGAAAAGCCACCUGGAACAUGCUCACAGUUAGAUUGUUUGUAUUGCACAAAACCUCGAUCUCGUCGAUAUACUUUGUUGGCGUGCUGUCCUCGAUGCAUACCAGGGGCAACGCACAAGGGUAGCUGAGGUAAACAAGCCCAACAAGGAGGACUGGCGUGCCCUCAGGGCUUUACUCGUUUGGCAAACAAUCUGUGGAAGUUUAUUUUGUUCUAUGCCUCACCCUUUCGCCCCUGACGACCCUACUACUACUGUUAAGAACAGAGACA